UGGUCACCGUCACCCCGUCCCAGGGCCCGGCCGCCACCGCCCUUCUCCGGGACGACAGAGGCUCCUGGUUCCUGGCCGGGCUCCAUGCACCCCUGCGGUCCCCUCUCCCCGUGGCGGCCACACUCGGGUCACUCUCUGUGCCCUCCUGCUGCCUCCUGCCAGCUGCUCCCUCUCUCUGCCUUGCUGCCCGCCUUCUAGGAACAAGAUUACAGAGUUGCGGAAGGAGCCGGCCAAAUGUGGACCCUUGAAGAGCGUGAGCCCUUGUGAGGAGUUCUGGAAGCCGAUUCAGGAGGAAGCCUGAGGAACAGAAAUCAAACAAAACCUCUAGAACAUAAAAUUUAAAAUGUCUACUCCUAGACCCUGGGCUGCUCCUAAGACAAGAGAAACUUGGCUGAUGGUCAACGCCGAUCAAAGGGAAGAGGUUAGGGGCUCUUCCUUGGAAUCAGCUGCCCAUCCACCCCAAGCCCAGGAGGGAUCUCAGCGGCCCCUUCCCAGGGGUCUUCUUCCUCAGCUCACGGAGUGGGGAGGAAUGCAGGAACAGCAAGACGCCAUGAGAGGGGAGAGGGGGGUCCAAGGCCGGGACAAGACCAGGAUUACUUGUAAGCCAGAAGAGAAGGAUUCCCCAAGUCAAGUAUACCUUCGCCGCUUGCAUCAGAUGUAUUUAUCUUCGCUUGCUAACAUGGACUUCUCCAGGAGACUCCUGGAGAGGAACGGCUGGUUUGCAGAUGUGGACCCAGAGAGCAGAGCCGGAGAUCUGCUGGAUUACACACUCCCACGUGGACAUGGGCUGCGUGCAGUGCGGCCGGAGCCCAGCGCCAGGAGGACGGGGGACACAGGGCCACCUAGACGGCCGCCCACAGCACGGCCCCCGCUCUGCUUCCUGAAAGGCGACAGCCCAGCUGGAAAAAUGGAAGAUCCCAGCCGGAAGACCAGAGGACACCCAGCAGCCCAGUGUGACAUGGUUAAGCUUCCAGAACACAAGAAGGGGAAACCUGCUCCUCCCAGGAUGACCCCAGUCCCUCUGACUCUGGAACAAGCAAUUCAGACUCAGCACGUUGUGGAGGCCAGGACAACAAGGCGAUAUUGGACCAACUAUGUGGGCCAGGAAUGAGACUCACAUCCUGUCAUGAUGGGAAGGACGAAGAAAUGCUGAAGCUCUCAGAGAAACGAUUAAAUGGCAGAUUUCUGUUUCCUUAGUUCGAAGUUAUGCCAGACAACAACAGCAUCGUCAACUAAAUCAUAGACUCAUGGUAAACGUGACAUUGUUCAUACGGAAACACAGAACCGUGAAUGAGAACAGACGGGAGGAAGAGUCAGCAGAACGUGCCUCACCGGAGUCAAGACAGUGGAAAUUAACAGAUGGAGAAAAUACAUAAGCAUGAUGUAUGUGGUUAAAUUUCAGAAAGAAUUUUUAAAUUACGGGUCAGCAUUAGGAGACUCUUAAAAUGAAUCAAAGAUGUUUGAGAAAGAAUGAAAUAGAGCUUUCAGAGUGGAAAAUUAAUAAAUAAAUUAAUUAAUAUUGAGGGGGUUGAAGAAUACAUUAGACAUGCCCAAGGAUAGAAUUAUUGAACUAUAAAGAUCAAGAUGGAUUUUCCAAACUAGCGCACAGGGAAACAAGCGAUGGGGUACAUACAGGUUAAAGGAAACAGAGGCUCUAGGAGGAAAAUCCAACAUACAUUUCAUGACAGCUGGUAGUAGGAACAAUCGAGAGAAAAGUAUCAAUGAGAAAAUUUGAGAAUUCCAGAAUUGAUGAAAGGAACCAAUCCUCAGGUGUAGGUGUCCCAAGGAACCACAAAGGCAACAAACACAAGGAACAGCAGACGGAAAAGGACAUUGCUUAAAGAAGCGGGAGAGAAAGGACAGGUCAUCACAGGGAAAUGACAGUGAGAAAAGCACAGGACAUCUCAAUAGUAACAUUGAAUAAAUUCUUAUAAAUUAUUUUAGUGAGAAGAAGUAGAAUAUUUAAAUAGGCUUAGCUAUUAAGUUAAUUAAGGAUAUAAUUUCAACACCAUCUAACAGAGAGAAUGAGAAAACUCUAGGCCUGUAUGAUUUUACUGGUAAGUUCUCUGAAUACUUAAGUAAGGAAAAAUGUCACCAUUCCUCUGCGCUCUCCAGAAAAUGGGAGAGGAAGGCAUAUGUCCCGGCUCUUUCUGUGAACCCAGAGUAACCUAGAAGGCUGAUCUCAUUGAGGCGUGCAGCUGUAAAAGUCCUCAGCAAAAUAUUAACCAAUUAACCCACUAAUGUGGAGUUCAUUUCAAUAACUUCUUCUGUAAUAAAAAUUAUCACGAUUGAUGGGUAAGAAGGAAAUUACUCAACUUGUUAGUGUACUUAAAAAUAUAUUUGUAAGAAACAUGUACUUAAUGGUGAGAUGGUGAAACCUCUCUUUGUGAAGCUGGAAACGACAGAAGGAUACUUGCUCUUCUCAUUUCUAGUCAAGACUGUUCUGGAAGUUUGACCAGUACUAUAAGCAAGAAAAAGGAAGAGAAGCUAGAAUGUUUACAAGAGAUAUAAAACUACUUUUUGUAAUAGAAAAAUCCCGAAGAACACAGAAAAACAAGAAGAUAUCAUACAUUUCUGGAAAAUGCUUAACUUUAAAAGGGAGAGAGGGACUCUUGAUGGGGAAGGGAGCGUGGAUGCUGGAAAUGGGCUGUUUCUUGACCUCAGUGGUGGUUACUGUUUGCUUUAUAAUGAGAUUAUGAGAUUUAUAUGAAAUUUUAUAAUGAGAUGAA